UGAUGUUUAGCCGAGAUUGCGGGGUAAGUGCAAUGAGUCAUCGCGGCUUCGACCCAGAGCAGGAAAAGGAACGAGGGCAUUUUUAGUCAGUAAGAGACUGACUCUGCCUCCAACCCAACCUUGGGCAGGAGACGUAAUUUGAUGAUUUUCCCCCAUCGAUCACUAUUAUAGAACUUCUUUAAUAGUGAUCGAUGUUUUCCCCUCACCAACAAUAAAGGGUCUCAUCCCGUAAAAAUUCCACCCAGUCUACUUGAUUUUUACACUUUGUACAUUAACGCAGAUCAUAACUUAUUUACAAUCUUGCCAUCAUAUACGACCCACACUGUUUAAUACUUAUUUCAACAUUCAAUUUUGAACCAUGCCUGUUCCCGGCCUUUUCGCCCAAAUGAUAAACUAUGGAGGAAUUCUUUUCUAUGGUCUAAGAGCUGAACUCGCUGAUUGGCCCGAACUUAGACCAAAGCUUCACAAAUAGAACGUAGUGUUUAUAUACUUUUUGAUCAAAAAUAGCAACUUGGCAACCCUGGCAACACUGUUAAAUAUUAUUUUCUUUUCUAUGACAAUAAUGUAUACUACGUAUUGAAAGCCUUGCUUCCAUGGUCACUAAUAAAAUAAAAUAAAAAAUAUUAUCUAUGAAUUCACAUGACAUAUUCAUUCAAAUUCAUUCAUUCAUCUAUCUGUCAAUUAAUUUUUCAUGAAUUGCGGAUAACAUGUAAAUGUAUGUGAAAAAAUCACAUUUCUUAUGCGUAAGACAUUGUUUCUGUAUUUACCAUUUUAAGUAAUUUAAUACUGUAACCCUAAAAUAUGGCUAGUAAUGAAGAAAUUACCGGGCCCAUUUCCCAGGAGGAUGUAGAGGCAGCGGAUAAAUUGAAAAACGAAGCUAAUGAAUAUUUUAAAAAACAAAGUUACAAUAAUGCAAUCGAGUUGUAUACUAAAGCAAUAGAAAAGAACCCGAAGAAUGCAGUUUUCUUCGCAAACAGAAGUAUAGCCAACUUGAGACUGGAGAACUUUGGUUAUGCGCUAAGCGACGCGUCGAAGGCAAUAGAAUUGGACAGGUCCUAUACGAAGGCGUAUUACAGGAGGGCUGCGGCUUACAUGUCCCUAGGAAAGUACAAACUAGCGCUUAAGGAUUUUGAAUAUGUAACCAAAGUCAGGCCAAAUGACCAGGAUGCUAAAAUGAAGUACACUGAAUGCAAUAAAAUAGUUAAGAAAAUAGCUUUUGAGAAGGCUAUCUCUUUUGAUAAAAAGGAAGUUAAUAUAGCUGAUUCCAUCAACUUAGAUGCUAUGACCAUUGAAGAUGAAUAUGUUGGUCCAGCGCUUGAAGAUGGAAAAGUUACCCUUAAGUUUGUCACUGAUCUGAUGGAGUUUUACAAAAAACAGAAUAAACUACACAAGAAAUAUGCAUACAAGAUAUUGAUUGAUGUUAAAGCAUAUUUGCAAAAGCAGCCAUCUCUCGUCGAUAUCAAAGUGGCAGAUGAUGCCAAAUUUACAGUAUGCGGAGACAUUCACGGCCAGUACUAUGACCUGAUGAACAUUUUCAAGUUGAAUGGUCUACCGUCAGAGACCAACCCUUACCUGUUUAACGGUGACUUCGUAGACCGAGGUUCCUUCAGCGUGGAAUGUAUUUUCACACUAUUCAGCUUUAAGUUGUUAUACCCUGACCACUUCUUUAUGUCCAGAGGUAACCAUGAGACCUUAGAUAUGAACCGCAUGUAUGGGUUCCGAGGUGAGGUUUCCUCCAAGUACACCUCACAGAUGGCUGAUCUCUUCACUGAGGUUUACAACUGGCUGCCUUUAGCUCACUGUAUCAAUAGCCGAGUACUGGUGAUGCAUGGAGGUCUCUUCUCUAAAGAUGACGUCACGCUCGACGAUAUAAGAAAGGUUGAUAGGAAUAAGCAGCCUCCGGAAGACGGUAUAAUGUGUGAGCUGUUGUGGUCGGACCCUCAGCCAAUGCUAGGCCGCGCGCCGUCUAAGCGCGGCGUGGGCUGCCAAUUCGGGCCUGAUGUCACCAACACUUUCCUUCAACGUAACGGACUGGACUACGUCAUACGCAGCCACGAAGUCAAGAACGACGGCUACGAAAUAGCUCACGAUGGAAAGUGUAUUACUGUGUUUUCAGCGCCUAAUUACUGUGAUACAGUGGGUAACCUCGGUGCUUUCAUCACAAUGAAUGGCAAAGACUUGAAACCGAACUUUACUACUUAUGAAGCAGUGCCACAUCCGGACGUCAAGCCGAUGGCGUACGCGAAUUCGUUCUUCAACAUGCUGUGUCAAUGAUCAGGUACCAACGGUGUCGCUUGUUAGGAACUCGUCAACACCCAUAAACCAACCACACGCGCGCUCCUCCACUCGUUCAACUUUUUCACCGCCAUGGUCGGCUAUAGACGACAAUCGAAAGGCUAUUUCUCCAAUGUCGACUAUAGCCGACCGUGGUGGUUGAAAGGUUAAAAUAUACAUAUAUUUUUGAUGCAUAAAAAUAAUCUCAAAAUGCACUACACAAGUACUAUUUUUUCCCCUCAAUAUUCAAUAUCGUGAGAAUAAUUGAAAACUAUGUCUAACAACCGGUUUCCGAAAGG